AGUUUGCAACUUCAGAGACACUCUUAGAUCUUUUCUUCAGAAACCAAAGACCCAGCUGAACAAGCGGUGGAUCUGAACAUCAUGGAAAUGCGCAGAAUGAGACCAAAAGAAGCACCAGUCCGUGCUGCAGGGAGAAAAUACCCGUACCCGUUAUGUGUCUGUGAGCGAGGGAGGGAGAAAAAGGAGAGUGGAAAAGUACGAGCUGUCACCGAGCAGAAGCGGGGGAUGGAAGCAUGUAAAUAUAAUAAUAAGCCAAAAAGUGUGCCUGACAAGCCAGUUGCAACUCCAGGUACUAAAUUUGUGAAGAAAAGUUCCUACAGAGCUGCUGUGAGUCUUCUGGGUGUGCUGUGUCUUCUUCUCCUCACUGGACUCAUAAUUCUGGCGUUUCUUUUCAUCAAAGACAAAUUUCAAAUGGAAGAGGAGGUGGGCAACCUGAAAACAGAACGUGACCAGUUACAGAAAAGAGUUGAAGAAUUGACCAAAGAGAAAGAGAUGAUCUUCAGAGAAAGUUUCAUGUGUAACUGGGUGAAUGUUAGCGGUAGUUUCUAUUUCACGUCUUCAGAGAAGAAAUCCUGGCAAGAAAGCAGACAAGACUGUGUUCAAAGAGGUGCCGACCUGGUGAUUAUCAGCAGCCAGGAAGAACAGAACUUUGUGAACACGUUCAAGAAGCGUCUGUGGAUUGGACUGACUGACUCAGAGACAGAGGGGACAUGGAAAUGGGUGGAUGGGACUCCAAUGAACACAAGCUACUGGAAUCGUGGUGAACCAAAUGGUGACAAAAAGGAAAAUUGUGGACAUAUAGAUACUUACAACUCAGAAAACAGCUGGAAUGAUGCACCGUGUUCAAUUUUACACUUCUGGAUAUGUGAGAAGAGAUAUUCUCCAUAAAUUAAAAUCCAAGUCCAUCAACCCAUAUGGAAAAGAUAUAUAUAAAUCUUAAAAAUGUUUGUAUCUGUCUUGUGUGAAACUUGUAUGAAAAGCAUAC